AUGGUAGUAGGCUUGGGCGAGGGCCGGCCCGUCAGCCUAUUGGUUAGCCGAGCUAGUUUCUAAGCAUAACUCGGCAGGGCUUCAGCGACCCCUGGAUCAAAAAAUACUUGCCCAAAGAGCGCAAAAUGUACCAAAUUCGGACCCUGAAAGUUUCAAUCUUCAAAAGUUCCAAGCUUCAUUCCAUCUCACCUGGUUAGAAAUAAGAGCGCAAAUCCUACAAAAAAUAACAAGUUCGGUUGAUUACAGCUUUAGGAAAAUCGAGAAGAAGCCAUGCAUUAUGCCGUGUUCAAAGUAAUUUCGCGAAAUGCAAAAUAACCGUCAGAGAAAGAAAAAUAUAACUAAAUUUUGGAGAGUCAGAUAUCAUUUUGCAUUUCGCGGAAAUUACUUUGAACACGGCAUUAAAUAGGUCCAGUAAAACUUUGUACGGAAUAUCGGGAAAAAAAUCCUUCAUGCAGCUUUUUCAAUAAUUAGACUUUCUUUAACAUGUUUUAGUUAUGACUUUUGAUGAAUCGUGACUGAACUGUAGGAAAAUCCGGAUAAGAUUCUCACAAUAGAUUUUUUCGAGUUUUGCACCUUUUAGGUCUUCAAAUAAUGUCUUUUUUUUUUUUUUGAAAUUUGCUGACUUCUAAAGGUCUAAAGUCGGAAAAAAGAAAAAAUUCCUUGUUCUGGAACCCGGAGAUCCUGAAGUAAAGUUUCAUUCAAACUUCGACCAGAAUAAAAAAGAAAAUUUUUUUUAUAGAGAGGCUCGUUAAGCUCUUGGAAUUUUUCAGGAAAUGGUUGAAACCGUAUGAUAAAUUGGACAUGAAGUAAAAAAAAUGGCUAAUCCGCAAUUUAAAAAUAAGAGUGAUUGAACUUCACGGAAAAGAAGGGAAAAUCCAAAUUUACGAGCCUUUUUUCCAUUUCCUUAUUCAUCAUGAUCUAUUACACGGUAACUAACAGCUUUCCUGCACCCGACCAAAACCGGUUUUGAAGACUUACACGUACUCGUUCUUCUCGUUGAUGCUCAUGUUCAUGAUAGCGUGUCUUCUAUGCUAUUGCUGCUUGAGAAUGCGUCAACCCGUGGAACGUACGUUUCAAAUCGUGGUUUUGAAGAUGAAGUAGGAGAAAAGUUUUCAGUUAUCGACAAAGUAGCCGGUUAGAAAAGCUCAGAAUUGUUUUCUUUUAAUUUUAGAAAGGCGUUAAAUUGGGAGAUUUCUGGAAAAAAAAAGAGUGUAACUUGUGUCGUGGAUGAUUUCGAAAUGAGAAAAAAGGUUACGGCAGAAUUUUGGAAAAUUUUCGUUUGAAAAAAAAAAGAUUUUUAUAGAAUCAAGGUUUUUCAAGCACUCUGAAUAGUUUUUUUUAAGUUCAGCAGCUUCCAGAAGAAAAACAAACGUGUUACUUUCGAAAAAAAAAAUCGCUAAAUUUUUCAAAUUCAAUCUAAACGCAUCAUUGAACAUGUAGAAAAGUUUGAACGUCCAAGAAUUUUUUUUUGCUAAAGAAUGAAUCCACUUUAGUUCCUUUCUUAAGCCCCAAAGUUUCGACAAAUGAAUUUUUUUCUUAAAAAAAUUUACGUUUUUUUGUUUAAUUUUUGGAUUUUUUUACCAUAACUUGGUAGCAUUUUAUUUGGAUUUUUGGGUCAAAUGAAAUAAUUCAGAGCUCUGUAGGACCAUUUUGAGCUGACUUUUAUUGUUGAAAAGUCUCAAAAUAAGCUGAAUUAUGAACAAAGGACGAUUUCAAAGGUUUUCUGUAUCAAAAUCCUUGCCACGAUACGACCAUUCUCACAGAAAGCUUUCGAAAUGUUUAUCUUUUCAAUAACUAAUUCAUUUUUCAUUUACAAGGAAGGUCAACCUACUUUGUGGUCGGGAAUUUUCUGAAAAUUGGCCGAAUUACUCCUUGGCGUGCCAGAAAAAGAUUCUGAAAGUUUCAACCUGCAAAACUUGCUAUUUUUUGAGAAAAACACCUUAAAGUAAUAAAAAACCCCCGAAUUUUGGUGAAUUAGGCUAUUUUUUGGCUUUGAGCCCUUGUUUCUCAAAAACUAGGAAAUUGUGCAGGUUAGAAGUUUUAGAAUUGGCAUUUGAUACUUCAAGAAGUGUUCUGGCCAAUUUUUCAGGUAAAUCCCGACAGCAAAAUAAAAUGACCCCCCCCUUGUUAGUCUUCCAAAAAAAUCGAAAAAAAGUUUAUUUAACGGGAUUUUUUUCUCUUGUACAAUUCAACUAACUACUCACCUUCACACUUUAUGCAUUGAGCAAACUUAUUAUUACAAUUAAUCGGAAUAUAGCGGCCCCCAUGGCCCGCCAUCGAGUCGUCCAUCAGCCUGUAGUCGUGGCCACGCCGGUUUACUACGUCGAACCGGUCGUCGUCAUCUGA